GUCCAGAGCGCUGACGGCUGACUGUUGGUUCACAAAAUUGUGCAAUUAUCAAGUGUUCUACAAGAUGGCGCUUCACCACAGUGUUGUCGGUCUGGUGUGUUUGCUGGCUUUUUGCCUUUCUGUGCAGGGCUUUUCCGACAGAAACCGCGCACAAGCAAAGAUCAAGUCCUUGCUGGAGAAGAUAGAAGAUAUUCUGAGUCUAGUAGGAGAGGAUACUGGCCAUGGCGAUAACAAGGUCCUACGACAACCGGCUACGGACCCCCUUUAUGGCUACUUCUCUGCUGUAGCUGGAGCGGACGGACAAAUUGAUGCCCAGGAGCUGCAGCGAUGCCUGACAUCGUCUGGGAUCAGCGGAACCUACCAGCCAUUUAGCCUGGAGACCAGUCGCAUCAUGAUCUCAAUGCUGGAUCGCGACUACAGUGGGAAGAUGGGGUUUAACGAGUUUAAGGAGCUGUGGGCUACUCUGAACCAGUGGAAGACAACCUUCAUGCAGUACGACAGGGACAGGAGUGGUACGGUCGAACCACACGAGCUACAGGCUGCCCUCACGUCUUGGGGAUACAAUCUGAGUCCACAGGCCCUGAACAUCAUCGUGAAGCGUUACGGUGUCGACGGGAAGAUCAAGUUUGACGACUUCGUGGCGUGUGCGAUUCGUCUGAGGAUGUUGACAGACCACUUCAGACGCCGUGACACUUCUGGGACAGGACAUGCCAACUUCGCAUACGACGAUUUUAUCCAGGUCGCGAUGAACAGCUGAAUACGACGGCUGUGCCAAGAACAGAUUCCAGUGCUGUCAACAUAAGCUAGCAGUAGAGUUGUUGUAAUGUUGGUAACUGGUAUCUUGAAAGUGGUAUCUUCAGUACUUGGGAAGGAGAAAUUUGCCUACAUGUGAUUAUCCAAUUCUAAAUAAGAUACGAUACCCUUAUUCGUAUUCAACUUACUGUGGUGCAAAUUGUUUCAUAGAAACAUUAACUUCUCAGAAAUGUAGUCUGAACUGUCUGAUAAACUCCAAACUCAACAUUCCAGGUAACAAAAAUGACAGCAGUACCAAAGGAAUAAUGACAAUUUUGAAAUAUUCCGAAUCAACAACAUUAUAAUUCAUAGUCAACUUGAAAUUGACUGUAACAGUUUUUAUUACCCCGACUAAAGCACUGCAUCUAUCGAUAGCAAUGAGUGUUAUACGAAGGUUUAGUCUGAUGCAUGCUUACUUUUCUUUGUUUUUCGGGUGUAUGACAUGAUAAGAUUAUGAUACCUACCAAGUGACUGAAAUAAAACUGACAAUAAGGAGAA